UUGAAUAAAGCGCAACUACUGCGGAGCCGUGCGGUCGACCACUCGGUUUCCGUCGGGCCGCCACCAUUUUGGCCGCAGAGUUGUUUCUGGAACGAAGCUAUCCCAUUUGGAAAGAUGGAAACCACCAGCAGUCCAGCAAAAGAAAACUACAGGAUGAAUCGUUACAAGAACAAAGCAUUAAAUCCUGAAGAGAUGCGUAGGAGAAGAGAGGAAGAAGGGAUUCAGCUAAGGAAGCAAAAACGAGAACAACAGCUGUUUAAAAGGAGAAAUGUGGAAAUUAUUAAUGAUGAAUCUGCCGCAUUUGAAAGUCCUCUCAUGGAUUCAUUUGUCAGCUCUUCAGCAGCAGGGGAGGGGAUGAUCACAAGGGAAAUGGUACAGAUGCUUUUCUCUGAUGAUAUUGAACAGCAGCUAGUGACCACUCAAAAGUUUCGUAAAUUGCUUUCCAAAGAGCCAAAUCCCCCCAUUGAUGAAGUAAUCAACACAUCUGGUGUUGUGGAAAGAUUUGUAGAAUUUUUGAAAAGAAAUGACAAUUACACACUACAGUUUGAAGCAGCCUGGGCUUUGACAAAUAUAGCUUCAGGUACAUCUCUCCAGACAAAAGUGGUCAUAGAGGCUGGUGCUGUUCCUAUUUUUAUCGAGCUGCUAAACUCUGAGUUUGAAGAUGUUCAAGAACAGGCAGUGUGGGCCUUGGGAAACAUUGCAGGUGAUAGUGCAGUAUGCAGGGACUUUGUACUUCACUGUGGCACCCUUUCACCUUUGUUACAGUUAUUGAUAAAAUCUAACAGACUCACAAUGACAAGAAAUGCUGUCUGGGCACUGUCUAAUUUGUGCAGAGGGAAAAAUCCACCACCUGAUUUUGAGAAGGUUUCGCCGUGUUUAGCUGUACUGGCCAGAUUACUGUUCAGCAGUGACCCUGACUUGCUUGCUGAUGCUUGUUGGGCAUUAUCAUACUUGUCAGAUGGACCCAAUGAGAAAAUUCAGGCUGUUAUUGACUCUGGGAUUUGCAGACGAUUGGUGGAACUCUUAAUGCAUAAUGAUAACAAAGUUGCCUCACCAGCAUUAAGAGCUGUAGGUAACAUAGUAACAGGUGAUGACAUCCAGACACAGGUCAUAUUAAAUUGUUCAGCUUUACCAUGUCUGCUACAUUUAUUAAGUAGUCCAAAAGAAUCCAUAAGAAAGGAGGCCUGUUGGACCAUUUCAAACAUUACAGCUGGAAAUCGAGCCCAGAUCCAGACAUCCUCGAAACAGAAGGAAAACUCCAAAGAAUGAUGAUUCUCAAUACCCGAAGCCUGGACUGACACCUUGCCCUACUGUCCUGUUUAUUAUUUAUUGUAAAUGCCUGCACUUUUUUUGUGCACUUUAUGCAGUCCUGUGUAGGUCUGUAGUCUAGUGUAGCUUUCUCUUUUUUUAUUACGUAGUUCUGUCUAGUUUUUUGUACUGUGUCAUGUAACACUAUGGUCCUGAAAAACAUUGUCUCAUUUUUACAGUGCACUGUACCAGCAGUUAUGGUUGAAAUGACAAUAAAAGUGACUUGACUUGAUAGAAAAAAGAUGUAAGAUGCCCCGCCCCCUGCCCCCAGACACACACAAGCAGCAUCAACCCUCCUCCCACCUUUCUAAAAUAAAAAUAAGAUGAGAUAUAGGAGCAGAAUUAUGGCAUUCAGCCCAUCAAGUCUGUCCCACCAUUUCAUCAUGGCUGAUCCAUUUCCCUCUCAACUCCAAUCUCUUGCCUUCUCCCCAUAACCUUUCAUGUCCUGACUAAUCAGAAUCUAUGAAAGUCUGCUUUAAAUGCACUCAAUAACCUAGCGUAAAUCAAGUUUAUUUUUAAGUGCACAAGUAUGGUGAGAUACAGGAACAACGAAAACUUGUAGCAGCAUCACAGGCAAGUAAACACAGACAACAUGCAGGAUAUAAAUUGUGGAUGGUGGCGGGGUGGGGGGCAUGGUAGCGUAGUGACCAGCACAAUGCUCUGCAGCACAGGUGACCUGGGUUCAAUUCCCACCACUGCCUGCAAGGAGAUUGUAUACAGUCCCCAUGACUGCACAGCCACCCCCACCCCAAGCACCCUUUAGAGAAGCAUCAACUGGCAGGCCAAUUGGUCACUGCAAGUUGCCCCAUACUUAGGCCAGGGCCAAAGCAUCGGAAUUCUCACCACCCGCCAUGAGCAACAACAAAGCUCCCAGAGAGACCAUGGUCUACAGUUCAUCAAAAACUAACUGUUCACUCCAACAUUUCAACAUCUUACAGGCUACCUCUCUCACUAACAAGGGAGAGACAGAUAUCAUUCCUUCCACAGCAACAGGGGAGAAAACAGUCACUAUUUCAAUGUUACAGUCAGUUUGAAGUGUUGCUUUUUAUUUCGAGUUCUCCAACUUGAGAACUGACAAAUCAAUUACCUAGUGUAGAGCCAUCCGACAGCUGUAAGUGCUGUCGUUGAUGUUGUAGCUCCUGUUACGCUUCCGCAUGUGCCACUGGCAAGAAGUUGUGUCCACGGGGCUGCACUGGCCCCUGAAGUCACCCAAUAACGUGGCCGAUCAGCAAGCUCCAAGAGCAGGAACGUGCCAUCAUAAACAACCUCCUCUUCUGUAGUCUGUAUAUGGUCUAUGACCUUACUUCUAAGGACGCUGUGUCCAUCUCCCUAGUAAAUACAGAUGCAAAAAUUCCAUUUACAAUCUUUCCCAUCUCUUUUUGCUCCAUGCAUGGAUGACCACACUGAUCUUCAAAAGAACCAAUUUUGCUCCUUGUUCCUUUUGCUCUUAAUAUAUGUCCUUAGGCAAAAUUAAGAGCAUAAUAUAUGCUCUUAAUUUUGCCCUUGGAAUUCUUCUUCACCUUGUCUGCUAGAGCAACUUGUGCCUUCUGAUUGCCCUUUUAGUGUUCUCUUGCAAUCCUUAUUCCUGCUAUGCAGCUCCUUCUACUUCUUAACCAGGGCCUCAAUAUUUCUCGAAAACCAAGAUUCCCUAAACCUGUUGGCCUUACCUUUUAUUCUUACAGGAACAUACAAACUCUGAAGAUUUCACUUUUGCAGUCCUCUUUGUUGGGACCUCUAUAUAUUGAUUAAAGAAACUUUCCUGGACACAUUUGGCAAACUUAAUCCCAUCCAGUCCUUUAACAGUAUGGAAAUCCCAGUAAAUAUGUGGAAAGUUAAGAUCACUUAUUAUCACAAAGUUUUGUUUCUUGCAACUGUUUGUGAUCUUUCCACAAAUUUGCUCCUCUAUUCCCACUGUCUAUUGGGGGGCCUAUGAUAUAAUUCAUUAAUGUGGUCAUCUCUUUCAUGCUUCUCCAUUCCACCCAUUAAACCUCAGUAGACAAAAUCUCCAAUCUGACCGGUGUGAACAUUGCCGUGAAAUUUUUCCUGCUAAGUAGUGCACUGUAAUCCUACCUACUUUAUCAUGUCUAAAGCAAUGGAAUCCUGGAACAUUGAGUUGCCAGUGCUGUCCCUCCUGCAAAGUCUCACUAAAGAUUACAAUAUCAUAAUUCUAUGUACUGAUCCAUGCCCUGAGCUUAUCUGCCUUACCUACUGUACUCAAACAAUACUUGCAUUAAAAUAGAGAAAAUUUGGGUUUGGGUGAUGUCAUCAGCCAGAAUGGCUGCCUAAAAUAAUAGCUCCUCCGAAAAAACGCUUAUUUUGUCCCAUUAAAAUCUCUCAAUAAUACUUGAACUGAUAAGGGGGGCAAGAAUGUUGAAAAGGGCCAAAAAAAAGUGCCAUUGCAGAGCCUGUAAAUAAAUAAAAUACAGAGAACAGCUCUCCUAUACAGGCACAUGAUGGCGAAGUUAAUGCUCGCCCUCAUUCAAACGAAGAAGCAAGUUUAGCAAAAGUUCUGGAGGAGAUACGGGACUUUCACAAAGACAUAAAACAACAACUAAAUGAUAUUAAAUCUGAGCUCACCAAUGUUAAUCAAAAAAUAGCAGAAGCAGAGGCACGAAUUGAAAAGGUAGAAGAUCACAUUCAAAAUGUGGAACAGGUGCUAAGCAAGAUGAUAAAAGUGAUGAAUCAACGAGAAAAUAAACUACUCGACCAAGAAGGGAGGUCUGGACAGAAGAAUAUAAGGAUAUAUAACGUUCCCGAAAAAACCGAGGGGUCGUCUAUGGUGGAGUUUGUGGAAAAGUUACUACAAGAUACGCAAGAGAUUGCCCUGACUACAGAACUUGACUGCUCGUCCUGAGACCCUUUGGGGAUAGGGAAGACAAGCCACAGUCAAUAAUACUCAGAUUCCUCCACUAUAAAACCAAAGCAGAGAUUCUGCACGAGGCCUGGGGAAAGAAGAAGGUAUUUUUGAAUGAGAGAUUAAUAUAUUUUGAUCAAGAUUACUCCCCAGCGGUCCUGCAGAAAUGUACAGAAUAUUCUGAAGUGAAGUGAGUGUUAAAGUAGAGAAAGAUUAGCAGGGUACAGAGUCCGGAAGCUAAACUACGAGUGUUCUAUGAGAACGGGACGCGGCUGUACCAGACAGUGGAGGAGGCAAUUGCAGAUAUGAUCAAUAGAGAACUGCCCGUCAACGUGAUCACACCGAGGGAAAGCCUAGCUGAGCAGCUAUCCCACUCGCCUGGGAAAUGGUGGGAGUACCAAGAAAAUAGGAGACGGGAGAAGAGAGAGAGAAGAAUAUCAGGGAGAGACAGCAAGUUUUCAGAAGACAGUCCUCACCCCCUCCAGAAGAGAUACGAGGUCUGACUAAUCUCAAAAGUGUUGAUAAGCUAAGCAGAAGCCAAAAUAGACAAUACUAUAUUUAUCUCAAGAAAUACAUAUUAUAUAAUUUGUUCCAGUAAAAGUCUUAAAUUUGUCCAAAAAGGUUGAAUUUUAGAGCAAGACCAUGUCGAAUGUAAAAAAGUACCAGUUUCCUGGUUACAUCGGAAACACUGAUCCGAUAAAUUUGGAUUAAAUUUUUUUAUUUUUUGUGGUGUAAUAUAUAAUUGAUGUAGAAAAUUAUACUGCACUAAUCUUAACCGAACAUUUAUUGUAUUUGUCAUACUAUCAAGACAUAGUCUUGACCAAUUUGUUUCUUCAAUUUUAAUAUUCAAAUCACUUUCCCAUUUUUGUCUUGACUUAUGGACUCCUUGCUUAAUUACCUGUCUUUGAAUCAAGUUAUACAUGCAAGAUAUAAAUUUUUUGAUAUUUCCUUUUUGAAUUAAAAUUUCUAUUUCAUUAGAUUUCGGCAAUAACAUUGUUUGACCUAAUUUUUCUCUUAAAUAAGCCCUUAAUUGAAAGUAACAAAAUAAAUUGUUGUUUGAUAUUUUAUAUUUAUUCUUUAAUUGAUCAAAUGACAUUAAUAUACCUCCUUCAAAACAAUUCCCUAUAUAUCUAAUCCCAAAUUACAGGAACACAAUUUCCUCAUAAUCCAAUAUUAUUUUUACUAGGUGAUAUUGAAGGGAUAAAACCGAAACUCAAACUAAAUAAGUAUCAGAAAGAAUUUAUAAAAAUUGCACUGGCAGUAGCCAAAAAAGCUAUUGCAGUUACUUGGAAAUUGGAUACACAUUUAAGUAUAGAUUCUUGGAAGAAAGAAAUCUAUGGUUGUAUUCCAUUAGAAAAAAUUACUUAUAAUUUAAGAGAUAAAUAUGAAACAUUUUUGAAAAUUUGGAGCCCUUAUUUACAAAAGACAGGAUUAAAUAUAUAGAUGCUCUGAAGAUGAAACAAUUGGUUAUUAGGGGAAAGAAAUAAAUAUACAUAUUAAAGUUAUUACGAAUUCCAUGGAGCAUGUGGAGAUCUUCCAACAACCAGGCAUUCUUUCUUUCUUUCUUUUUUUUCUAUA